AGCCAGCCGGGCGUCCCGCCAGGGACUUCGGUCGCGUCCAAGCCGCUGCCGCCAGCGCUCACCAUGGGCCCGGGUCCCCAGCUGUGGCUACCUCUGGUGCUCUGCGCGGGGCUCGGUGUGCUCGUGUCUUGUUCUGGUGCCUCGGGCGUCCGCAAGCGAGGCCCCUCGGUGACGGACAAGGUCUUUUUUGAUGUGAGAAUUGGAGACAAAGAGAUUGGCAGAAUUGUGAUUGGCCUGUUUGGAAAAGUUGUGCCUAAGACUGUGGAAAAUUUCGUUGCUCUGGCAACUGGAGAAAAAGGAUAUGGAUAUAAAGGAAGCAAAUUUCAUCGUGUCAUCAAAGAUUUCAUGAUUCAAGGAGGAGACUUCACUGCUGGAGAUGGCACUGGAGGUAUUAGCAUUUAUGGUGAAACAUUUCCAGAUGAGAACUUCAAGCUAAAGCAUUAUGGCAUUGGGUGGGUCAGCAUGGCCAAUGCUGGGCCUGACACCAAUGGAUCUCAGUUCUUUAUCACCUUGACCAAGCCCACCUGGUUAGAUGGCAAACAUGUGGUAUUUGGGAAAGUCCUCGAUGGGAUGACAGUGGUGCACUCUAUAGAACUUCAAGCAACUGAUGGGCAUGACCGUCCACUCACAGACUGCCAGAUCGUCAACAGUGGCAAGAUAGAUGUGAAAACACCCUUUGUGGUUGAAGUCAAUGACUGGUGAUAUGACUGACUGAAAAAGGGAAACAUAAUCUAGCAUGUGUGUGUUUAUGCAUGUGUGCACAUGCAUCUUUCAAUUCUUCAAAGUUACUGUCUUGCUUUGUUUUUCUUUACUUUAAUUUCCCAUCCAGAUCAUAGGAAAGUUACAAAAAUCAACCAACUCAAAGUUUGGUUUGCAUGAAUUUGGUAAAUCACUUGUUUAGGGUCUUUGCCCUUUAACAAGAUAUAUCUCUUCCCCCCAGUGGUGCUAUUUUUAAAGCAGAAAACUUUUUAUUGACUAUUUCUAAGAACACAUUCAUUAUUUUACUUAAUUCAUUGGGAUCCUCAUGUUGGACUAUGUUAAAAAUCUGUCCAAAAAAAGAAGAGGACAUGAAGUUUAUUAUUCUGUAUUCAAACAAAAAUUCUUUUCAGGUAAAGGACAAAUUGAUUGGUGUAAUCUGAUACAUGUCAUAGGGUUUCAACUUGAUAGAAGGUGCUUUGGUGUUUUCCAUAUUAAAUACUUUUUAUAUGAAUCA